CGUCUUUUACUUUCAUUUUCUUCGAAAACAAGGAAGUACGCGUAGGAUUUUGAGGUGGUGGCCAUCAUGACAAACCUCCUGGAGGAGAUCAGGGAAAUCAGUGAAGAUGCAGCAUCAGAACUGGAAAGUAUAGGAUUUAUAAGUGACACCGACAUAAAGUCCCUCAACAGACAGGACCUGCUGGAGCUACUUCCUGGGAAACAUAAUCUGAGAUUGAGAAAGCAAAUAUAUGAAUAUAUUUGCAAUUUACAACCAAAUAACAAGGUAGAAAGAGAAAAUCCUCCUGUGAGAGCAAAUGAAGAUGCGAAUACUGCAAAUUCAGGUUCAAGUUCUGCUAAUUCAGAAAAUUCCAAUUCUGGCACUUUCGCAUUUCUUUCACAUUUGUUGCCACCAUCCCUGCAAAGACAAGCAUCUUCAGGUUCUGCUACAACUGCACAAACAAAGACUAAUACCAACCCAACUGCAAAGACACAAUUAGCCACUGUCAGGUACAAGAUGGUGGUCAGUGGUAAAACACUGGAUAAACACCGUGACAUCAUAGAGAAGUUAAACGGUCCAGUUCCCAGAUGCAAUGUUUUUCUGAAACUGCAUGAAGCCACAGAUGAGUCCUGCCAGGUCAUCCUUCUCUUCUGUCCAGUGGUCUCACGCAUGGGGACAGAUUUGGAUGCAGCCCAGCGUAAAAUUUCAAGUGAGAAACCCCUCAUUGUUGUUGCGAUGCACCACAUGCAUACUCCAACAAGUCUCCCAGCCCCAAAAACAAGAUUCAUUCAUGAUCUUGGUGUAAAUGUUUUCUUUCACGAGACUGUCAAUGGUCUGCUGAACUGCCCACAGAAUGAAGCCGCCAUAACUGAGAUGAAAACAAAGUUAUUUGAAUACAGCACAAAAAGAAUUUCCCCAAACUAACUAAGAACAAGAACUAACCAAAUAAUAGCAUAUUCCCCCAGUCACCGUGGAGAUGUUUUUGCUUUGCCUGGAAUUUUUUGCUUUGCCUGGAAUGUUCCACAGUAUGAUCUUAAAUGUAGCUAACAUACAUUAUUCUAUUGCAGGUAUCUUUACUGUUUAGUAAAUGUACAGUCUGACUCCUCUACACAGAUCAUCUGACCUGUGACUUGGCCGGCUACAUUUACCUGCUUGUCUUUAGAACAUUCCAGACAAAGCAAAUAUUAUGUCAAUAGAGACAUAAUAUUGCUUUUUGCUCUUCGCUCUUUACAAGAAAAGUUACAUAGUGUACAUUUAAAUGCAGCAAUGAAAUUAAGUGAAGCAGCAGAGUGGCAGAUUAACUGCUUCAUGUUGUUGUACUAAUGGUAAAUACAUAAUAUAAAUUAAAAGGAGGAUUCAUAAGAGUGUGGUGAUUUAAAGCAAAAAUAACUUAUUAUUGUAUUGUUUGACCAGUAUAAAAAAUUUAAUUUUCCAGUGUAAUAAAAGAAUGCAUUUCUUUUCCUGAA